AUGACGACACCGGGGCGGUUGGGAAGCCUCGCUACGACACCGGGAUGUGCACGGCGGAGGAACGAAAAAUGGACGUGCCUAUCCACCCUCCUUUCGCGUGCGGGAGAUAUGCAGCAGCUUGAGCAGAUCUGUGACCCGGAACGAUGUGGCGGCUCACAAAACCGCAGCUAUGGUGACCAGUCUUUGACGGACAUAAAAUCCGCUACAAGAACCACAACUUCUCCAUCACGUUGCGGUGGUUUGGGGAGACGCAGGAAAUUCAGUGCUGCUAAGCUGCGACGAGAGAAUACCCAAAUAAAUGACAUCACUCGAGUCUUAAUUGAUAAAUUGGAUCACGAGUUCUAUCACUAUAUCAAUGAUUUAAUAGGGAUACAACCUCAUAUAGAAGAACUAGAAAGGCUUCUAAACUUGAAUUCACACGAGGAUAAUGACCUUCGAGUUCUUGGAAUUUGGGGUAUGGGCGGAAUAGGAAAGACAAUUCAUGCUAUGGUAUUGUACGAUAAAAUCUCUUAUCAGUUUGAUGCUUGCUGUUUCAUCCAGGAUGUAAGCACAAUUUAUAGAAAUCAUGGUUGGGAUAAGGCUCCUACUGAAAUACAAAAGGCCAUUCUUUGUCAAACUGUUCAAGAAGAAAAUCUGGAAACAAAAAGUCCUAUGGGCAUAGCUAGGAUCCUACACAAUAGGCUAUGUAACCCAAAAAUCCCUAAAAAGGUCCUUAUAGUUCUUGACAAUGUUGAUGAACAAAGGCAAUGGGAUACUUUGCGCUUAAAUCCAAGAUCACUUGGGAGAGGAAGCAGAGUUAUCAUAACAACAAGGAAUCAGCAUGUUCUUAAUGUGAGUGGAGCAGAUACAAUCUAUGAGGUUCCACUAUUGAAUGAUAAUGAGGCUCUUGAGUUGUUCCUAAGAAAAGCCUUCAGAAAUGGUCCCCCUAAGAAAAUUAUUAGUGACGUAAUUCUUGAGAUACUAGAUUAUGCUCAAAGUCUUCCAUUGGCAAUUGAGGCACUAGGUAAUGACUUGUAUAACAUGGAAGAGAAAUUAUGGAAAAAUGCAUUGGAAGACUGGAGAGAAUGUCCAAAAGAAAAUGUUAUGAGUGUGCUGCAGAAAAGUUAUGACCAAGUAAAUAUAAAUGAGAGAAGAAUAUUUUUGGACAUAGCUUGUUUCUUCGCAGGAAAGAGGAAGAACUUUAUAGAGCAUAUUCUAAGUAGCUGUUGUGGCGAUGAAUCAUCACGUCAUGACCUUGCAAUUCAAAAUAUCAGGAGAAAUUCACUCAUAACUAUUAGGAACCAUGAAAUUCAUAUGCAUAAUAUGUUACAAGAAUUAGGAAAGAAAAUUGUUCGGGGAGAAUAUCCAAAAGAGCCAAUGUAUUGGACUAGAUUGUGGCAUGUCAAGGAUCUCGAAGCAGUCCUAAAGUCAGAUAUGGAGUGGAACAAUAAUGAAGCCAUAGUUUUAGAUGAGGUAGACGUCACCAAAUGCAGACAUUUGCGGAUUCAAAAAUUGUUUGAAAAGAGAAAUCUUACACUACUCAUAUUACAUUUUCAGAAUUUUCCAGAACUCAAUUUUGUUCCUAUAUUUCAAACCGAAAUGCGGUAUCUUUUGUGGCACGGUUACCCUUUCCCUUCUUUGCAACUACUCAUAUGGCGUAACCUUGUUGAAUUGAAUCUACCGAACAGCAGAGUUCAACAACUAUGGGAUGAGAUUCAGUUAAUCCCAAAUUUGAAAAGGAUGGACUUGAGCAACUCAAGAAAUCUUAGAACCACCCCAAACUUUGCAAGCUGUCCAGGACUUGUGCGGCUGGAUCUUACAGGAUGCAUAAACCUAACUGAAGUCCAUGAUUCAAUCGGACUUCUCAGAGAGCUUAAUUACUUGAGUUUGCGAGAAUGUAGCAGUCUAUCCCUUCUUGAUUUCGGCCCUAAUUGCCAGUUAAGUUCCCUAAGAACUCUACUGCUCUCUGGCUGCACCAACCUCCAGAAAACACCAAAUUUCAAAGCGCUUUCAAAUCUUAGGUACCUUGAUCUUGAGCGAUGCACAAGUUUGUCCACAAUGCAUGAGUCUAUUGGUACUCUUGUAACGCUUAAGUACUUGAGUCUGAGAGGCUGCAAAAAUCUUGUUCAUGCACCUUACAUUCUCAAUGGCAACUCAUCCCUCCUAAUUCUGGAUUUGAGCGGUUGCAUGAUGAUAACCAACCUUCCCCGCUGCAGACGAAAAUUUGCGCCUUCCUCCUGCCUGGAAUCUUUGAUGGUUUUGAGUCCUGUCUUCCUUGAGCCACAAAGAAUUCUUGAUUUUGUUGGAGAGUUGAUGUUUUUCGAUGGGGAGUGGAUUUGUUCUAAGCUAGCAUAUUUAAACUUGGCGCACUGUCAUGAACUUAGAAGAUUUCCCGAGGCUUCAUUUCAUGUUCUUCAUGAGAUGAAAGGUACUUUAGAACGGUAUCCACAACUUUCAAUCAUUGGUCAAGAUUAUAUAUUUUCAGCUUCUACUGUGUGAGUGGCACUUGGUGUAAGAGGUAAAACACAAUAUUGUUAAUGUUGCAAGUGU